UUUAUAAAAUGAGCAGAAUAUAAUGGAGAAAACUGUACAUUAAAAUGUCAUAGGUAUUUUCCACACUAUUUUAAUAAUAAUAAAAAAGCACUUUUCUUUGAAAAAAAUAAAAAAAAAACUUAUAACAUUCAAGUCACUUCGAAAAUAAGAAUCUAUAUUUAAAGGAAAAUAGAUGGGAACUGGAGGAGCAGGUUCCCGGUCAUCAAUACCGGCCUGUCAGUGAUCUGCAAUUGAUUUUUGCACUGCUCAAAAACAACUUCUUUCGCGCUCGAAGAAAACCUAGAAUUUUUCUCCUGCAAACAAAGAAUCGAUCCCAUCAAAUCCCUAAUUAAGAAAAGAGGCCGACUGCUUUCCCAGAAGAGAUUGUGAAUUUGGAUGGAUCGCAAAAUCCCUAAUUAAAUUUCUGGGGGGAGGGUUGGAAAAUUUAGCAUGGACGCGAAGGACAUCCUUGGACUGCCCAAAACGCCGUUGCCAAUAACCCAAGAGAAGAAAUCACGUCCCCAGAAAGAUUCCCAGAGAAAACCCGAUGGCAUAUCUCGCGAGGUUUAUGCCCUUACGGGAGGUUUGGCUCCGCUUAUGCCUUCAAUUGACGUCUCUCAAUUGAAACGACGCCCACCAUCCGACGAGAAGAUCACAUGGCAGUGGCUUCCUUUCACGAGCUCUGCCCGAAAGGAUGAUUUGCAACUUUACCACUGGGCGAGAGUUGUAAAUGGUGUUCCGCCAACAGGUGAUUAUUCCUUUGCAAAGUAUAACAAGUCUGUUGAUGUUAUCAGAUACACAGAUGAGGAGUAUGAGAAGUAUUUAACUGAUCCAACAUGGACUAAGGAAGAGACAGACCAAUUGUUUGACUUUUGCGAACGAUUUGAUCUUCGCUUCAUCAUUAUAGCUGACAGGUUCCCAACAUCCCGUACUGUGGAGGAACUGAAGGAUCGUUAUUAUAGUGUGUCUCGAGCCAUAUUGAUUGCUAGGGCUCCAUCUCCUGGAGAAGUUGCUGGGCAUCCUCUUGUUAAGGAGCCCUACAAUGUUUCUCAAGAGACAGAACGUAAGCGUGCUUUAUCGAUGGUCCUUUCUCAAACAAAGCAUCAAGAGCGGAAAGAUGCUGAGGUUAUUGCUGAAGCAAAAAGAAUAGCUGAGUCACGCAUGGCUGCACAGGGUGUCGAGGAACCUGAUUUGCCUGUCACAUCAGAUAUUGGUCCUGAAAAUGCUGAGAAGGCUAUUGGUCAUGGAGAUGCUAUAUCUCCAUCCAAUGUUCAUGUACCCUCUGCAGCUGUUGCACCUUCUACCUCAAUAUUGGCUGAUAAUACCUCUACUCUUGCUUCCUUGCGUAUGCUUCGGGUGUAUUUGAGAACUUAUGCCCUUGAGCAAAUGGUCCAAGCUGCAAGCUCAUCUGCUGGACUUAGGACCAUCAAGCGGGUAGAGCAAACCUUACAAGACCUUGGGGUUAAUUUAAAGCCAAAGGUGCCAACAAAGGCUGUUUGUGCCGAGCAUCUGGAAUUAAGGAAAGAAAUUCUGACUCUGCUAAAUCUCCAGAAACAGUUGCAAUACAAGGAGGCAGAGGGUUCAUCUUUCCGUGAUGGUUCCUAUGGUGAUAUGCCAGGCACACCUAAGCGAUCACUUCGAGCUGCAGAUCAGGAUCGAACAUUUGUCCCUGACACCAUUAGCUUUGGAGGUGAAAGGGUUGGCAAAAGGGAGCAGAAACGCAAGGGACCUGGAAGAGUAUCUGAGACUCCAUCUUCACCAGCUCAUAAAAGGCCAAGAAAGUUGAAGGCUUCAGAUCUAUAAUAAAAGGGUGAGCAAGCAAAUUGACCUUGUACAAGUUGAGAGUUCUCUGCAGGGUGGCUAUGUUCCAUGCUCAGUUUUGGUCUUAGUUUAGAUGUUAGACACAAUGCAUGUAGAUCUCCUAUUGUAUUCUUUACUAUGUUUCUCUACUUAGUGAGGAUAUUGCUUUUCCGAUUCUCCAAAUUCACCAGACUGGAUUUGAUUGCAUUGCAAGAUUUCAGCGGCAUACUCAGGUCAGCCCCCAUUUUGAAUCUUCCAAGGACAUCAGAAGUAGAUGCUGAAGCUCUGUGGUUUGACUAUGAAACUUAUUUUCUUACCCGAGUCUAAGCCUUGUAGUCACAAGUGGGAAAAACUGGACAUCAUUUUGAAUGGUACAUCAGAAUCCAAAAACUGAACACAUUUUUCAGCGAUUUCCAUAGGUGAGGUAUGUUGACCUGUUGGACCUUG